CCGCCCAAACCAGCCUGACCAGCUCUCCUGGUGCCCGCAGCAGCCCCCCCACCCCCACCUGUCGUCCCCAACCUCUCCGGGCACCUGCUGCCCAGCUGGGUAGCCCGGCCCCACAAGCAAGAUGGCCCUACAGAGUCAGGGUUUGCCCCCCAGUGGGUGGACCCCAGCAAAUCCAAUGCCCAUGGUCGAGAGCGCCCUCUACCGUCAGCGGCUGGAGGUCAUUGCUGAGAAGCGGCGGCUUCAAGAACAGAUCUGCGGCGCGCGGAGGGAGCUAGAAGAGGAAAAGCUGAGAGUGCAGCGUCUCAAGAGGAAGUCCCUACGGGAGCGAUGGCUGAUGGAUGGGACAGCUGAGGGACCCGACGGGGCUGAGCCAGAGGCGGAUCCCCAUUCCCCCCAGGGCCAGGCCCAGGCCAGAAUCCAGCACUUGAAAGACAGUCUGUUCACACUCCAAUCACAACUCCAGUUACUACAGAGUGCAUCGACAGGUGCCCAGCGCAAGACUACUGCCUGGCCCAUUUGGCGCCGACAGGUAUCUCGAUCUCUCUCUCAGACUGCCAUGGAGUCAGGCCUUGAAGGCAAGGAAGAACUUGAGAAACGAGCCUCCCUACCCAUUAUGCCAGUGGUCUCCGUGCCUGAUCCCUCCACCCCAAGGAUCUCUGAGAAGUUGGGAGGAGAGGCAGCUACAAGCCCUGAAGCGCCAAAGGAAGAGGUGUCCACAGCAGAUACUGUUGAGGCCAAUGGUCCAUGCCCAGCACCCCUCCCUGUGGAGCUGGAGCUGACCCAGAAUCAGGUGGACAAAGCAGAAGACAGGGGUCCAGGCACUAGGGAUGGAGUGGGCAGCUCUGGGGGAAUGGGCCAGGGAUCAGGUAUAGUAAAGGUAGAGUGGGAUGGGCUGAGGUUCCUAGAGGAAAGUUCCAGGGAGGCCUCCACAUAUACAGAAAGGGGGAAGGCAAAAGAACAGGAGGUUGAAGAGAUGAUCUUAGAGGUGAUAGGGGAUCACCAGGUCACAGGAGAUACAAAACUUCCUGAAUAUAUGGUGCAGGACAGGAGAGUCCAGGAGGUAGAAGACAUAGUCUUAGAGGCAGUAAGGAGCCGGCCAAUAACGGAAGUCUCAGAACUUCCCGAGUGGGUGACCAAAGACAGGGGUAUUGUUGAGGUUGUGUGGGAAGGGCUAGGGGGAAUUGAUGGCAGUGACAUGGGAGACUCAGAGGAGAUGGGUAGGGAGGAAGUAGCAAUAGGUCAUCCUGCUAGCCCAAGGCUGGCACCCAAAGAGCAGGGCACUGGAGGGAGUCCUGAGCUGGGAGACCAAGGAGAGGGCUCCUUCAUCUGGGUAGAGAGGGUACUCAUCACUGAAGACUGGGAGGAAGUACUGGUUGAGGACUCAGAAGGAAUGGCCAAGGAAUCAAAAGAAGGUGAGGUAAAGGAAACCUUACAGCUGGGGGUAGAGUAUGAAGGAGGGAAAGAACAGCUGGAAGCAGAGAAAGAAGGAGGGAUAGAGGCAGAAAAGCUGGGGUCAGAAGGGAAGACAGAGGAAGUCUUUCAGAAAGAUGGAGAGAGAGAGGGACAUUUAAGAGCAGAGGAAGUAAAAGGAGAGAAGGAACAGCUAGGGGAAGAAGCAGAAGGAGAGGGGGGAAAACAGCUGGAGGCAAAGGAGGAAGGAGGGGAGGAGACACAGAUGGAGGUAAAAGAAGAAGCAGGGGAGGAGAAAAAGCAUGAAGGAGAAGAGGAAGAGAGUAAACAGCUGGGGUCAAAGGAGGAGGAGGAGAAGAAGGAAGCAGGGGCAGAAAAGGAAAUGCCAGGAGACAAGGAUCCAGGAGGAGAGGAGGAGAAGCAAGAGCAAGAGAUGAAGAAAGUGACCCAGACUGAGGCAGGCCCAGAACCACAGGCUGAAGAGGUGUCCCAGGCUCCAGCCUCUGAAGCAGGGCCCCCAGAACGCCAGCCCUUGCUCCAGCCAGCCACACGCAGUGUGAACCCUGCUAGCCGCCCCGUGCCCACCUAUGCCCCUGCCCAACGGGCUGAGCCCCCACCAGACAGUGAGCAGGCCAGUGGCUCCAAGCAGACGUGCCAGUGCUGUGUAGUGAUGUGAGCCAACCCUCCAGGCAGCCGAGAGACCUUGUGGAGGCAGGGGGGAGCCAGUUGGGGUGAGGCUCCCCUCUCCCACCCUGACCCUAUCAAUCUCACAGCUACCUCGCCCACCCUCCCACCCUGGGCACCGCCCUGGGCAGGGCGGGAGGACCACUGCCCAGCCCAGCCAGAUUCUACAUGGGGCCCAGGCAUCGGCCACCACACCCUCAGUCCAGGCCGGACUAUGGAGGUCCUGCUGCCCUUUGGGCCCUUUCCUGUUGCCUCGGCAAUCCUGGCCUGUCUCCUUUUCCUCUCUCAGUUCCAUGCCCCCAAUCUUGCCUUAAUACUUGAAAAUAAAAAGGAGAACAGAAUGACAUGGAGAAAA